GACGGGGGACAACCUUGUUAAAGCCGCUGCCUAUUCAAACACCAAGAACAAGCCUAGUCUCUACGACAACGGGAUACAAACGCACGGGAAGUCGUCUCUCUGCCAGACGUUUACACUGAAAGGUUGGUUUCUUUGGUGACACAUUUGCAGAGAAUGAACAGAUGAUCUCACAGAUCAAAUAGGAGAGGAAUGUCCACACAAUGCCUACACAAUCAACAAAAUCCAGAAAAUCAAGGUCAAAAAGGCCUGUCAAAAAGGCAGAGAGGAGGUCAUCCAAGAAGAGAUCAGUCAGUGCCAAAGCCACCAAGUCAGAAGUGGACAUUCUCAGUCCAGCAGCCAUGCAGAAUGUUUACUACAUUUCCCACAAUGCAGUUGACUGUCUGGCGUUCCGAGGCUUUGGAUGGCCUAAGUCAACUAAAAAGAAAACAGGAGGAAUGAAGGGCAAGAAAACAAAAAACAAAAAGUGACUCUACCACAAACCUUGCCAAGACCAAAGCAAACAUUGUCAGUUUAGUACGGCUCUAUUCAAUCCGCAUGGUGGAAAUCCAGCUUUUCAGCGUGAUAGAAAUGUUAAGGCGAUGUUCCCGAUCAGUGGAGGCUGCUGAGGGGAGGACGGCUCAUAAUAAUGGCCGGAAUGGACUGGUUUCACGUUUGAUACCAUUGCAUUAACUCCCUUCCAACAAUUACGCUUCAUUCCAGCCCUAAGCAAACGCCACUAUUCCCGAUUUAUCAGACUGCAUUCAUGCUAAACGCUGCUUAUGUUGGCUAAAUCGGAAAUGACCUUUACAUUUCUAUGGCAGAAUCUGUAACGCUUCAGCUUUACAGAUGGAAUAAAUCCCUAAUUAUAAUGUAGAUUUUAGUUGAUCUAGUCUGUUCAAAUUCAAAAUAGAACUCUGGUUACCUCUGAUGGAUUGGUUGUUAUUUACAGAGAACAGUGGAAAGAACAUGGGAAUACAUUGACCUCUGCUGGCCUACUGGCACACCAUACCCAGAUGCUCUCAGGAAAGAUUUCUGUGACGCGUGUAAAGAAUGCUUCUCUGGAUAAUGGAUGUUAAGAAUAAAACAUGGCGAGCUAGAA